AAAUUAUGUGGCCAAGUAAAAGUGGUAUACUCCACAAAAUCUUGAGACUUAACUAAACAAAAAUAAAGUAGUAUUCUUAGAAUUUGAUGUAGGUAAAGGAUUUGCUUUUCUUAUUACCAAAUUCUUUUAAUUAUUCAUUCCUCAUAAGUUAUUACUUUCUUGGUGGUGAACCUAUAGCCAGUUCGUAAUAGAGGAAAAUUAUAUGUGACUUUUAUGGACCGAGCUUCGGUAAUAGCAAAAUAAGAAUUGUAUAAAUAAAGGCUAAAAGUUGUCUAGAAAAGUUGAUAGUUGCUUUGCAGUAGCUGAAGUUAUAACUUUUUGCAUAAAACAUGCGCGAGAUAUUGAGCUUAAGUUUUGGAAGUAAGAGUAAUUUCUUACUUACACAUUUUUGGAACACACAAGAAGCCUAUUUUGUUUACGACGAAAAAGAGAGUUCGAAAGUCUCUGUAAAUACAAACUUUCGUCAGCUGACAAAACACAAUCGUGAGCACUUGGCAACUGUCCCAAGGGAAUGCGUCUACGAUUUCACUGAUGAGUUUGGUUUCGUACGAAAGCCUUGGUUAGCCGAAGAGAGAGAGUCGGAUAUAGCGACUCCUUCGUUUUCUGGUUCAGUUGAGAAAAUACAUAAAGCACCCCUUGACAUCCAUCCUUAUCAGAGUGCCUUAUGGAAACAAGAUGAAUGGCUAAAUUCUCAAGAUCCUCAUGAGUUGAGGAACCUUGAAGAAAUGCCUUCCAUACCCAAUAUACAAAACGGCACCAUAAAGCAUUGGUCAGAUUUUAACAGGUUAUUAUUUGAUCCUAAGUUUUUGCAUCCUAUAAAUAAUCCUGACUUGAAUUCUGAAGGGUCAUCAUUUGAGCUCGGAGCGGAAGCCUUCCGUUUGCAUAAUAAUGAGCAAAAUGUUUGGGACGACACUUUACGCCCUCUUAUUGAAGAAUGUGAUGGAUUACAGGGAUUCCAGUUUGUCGUUGAUGUUAAUACUGGCUGGUCCGGGUUUAUGACAAGUUAUUUACAAUAUAUUGAAGACGAACUACAGGAUGCCGGUUUACCAACAUGGAUUUUUGGUGUAAAAAAUACAGAGGGAUCAUCUGUUAAUCCUUUACCGAAUCAUAUGCAAAAACAGAUGUACGCAAAUGAGUCGCUAACACUAGCGAGUCUUAAAGAUGUGCUUUCUCUUUAUACACCAUUAAGUCUCAAUUCAGCUCAUGAUUACUGGUUUGCUAGCUCGAUUGCAAACAUGGCAUUUGAAUCUUUGACAUUGCCAACACGGUUGAACGGAGCUUCAUACAUGCAUAUGAGUGAUGUAGAAUAUUAUUUUAAAUCAAGCACUGGCCGUUCUAUUCUUGCCCUCGAUUUAAAAGCAAAAUCUCAUGAAAAAAAUGAAUGGCAAAUAAAUCAAAAUGUUUCAUUCGUUAAUGAGACGCCUGUAGAUCUUUCAAAUUCUUCGAAGAUACGCACGAUCAUGCGAGGCCCAAAUAAUCAACAAGCAGUAUUAGACAAGAUGUCUUCAGAACUAACCCAAGAUAUAAUCAAUAUAAACGAUUUUGGCUUCCCGACACUAGACACUACACCAGAUGAGUUGUCCAUUAUUGAUACAACUGUUAUUUCAGCUUCUUCAAACGAGAAGGUAAGUUCACACUUACAAUCAAUUGGAAAGUAUAUGAACACUCGACAGAUUCCAGAAUUAGACCAAGAUGAUAUACUGGAGUUACAGGAAAACUUACAAUCUUAUACUUCAUAAGUGACUGAAUCAAGUCUCACCAAAUUAUAUUGUAAAGGUAUAAUUAGUCUACUAAAAGGUCUAUGAACCCGAAAAUCCUUGCAAUUAUAAUACAUGUUGCAAAAUCAUCGAGAAACCCGAGAUUAUUAAAUAAGCAUCAAACCGUUUUCUUCCUUUCCUUCUUUUGCGUUUGUAGAUGUUUUAUUGCUCUUGUACAAGAGAAGUUACCAUGCUAAAACAACGUUAGUAAUAAAUCCAGGGUGUUGAGAUACAUUAAUGUUUAGUGUCCAU